UCAGCACUGAAAUAAAAGUCAGUGUACAAAAUGUAUCGAAUAUCAAUCAGUAUUUUUUCAUUAUUUUAUUUUUUUUUGUUUUCGACUUCAAUAAAAGAAGGAAUAAGUUAUGAAAUAUCGACUAAUGUUACUACGAUUGUUGAAAAAAGAUAUCCAGAUAAAAUGUUACACCCAACAUCAGAUGCAUUUUAUAGGAUCCAAUUUUUGAAACAAAAUUUGAACAAAAUGAUGAUGAACUGCGCAAUUAAUGGUGAUAAAAGUGAAUCUAAAUUGUGCAGAAUAAUCAAUCAAUUAUAUAAACUUAAAGCCAUGAGUAAAAUGAAAAAUGCAGUGCAAGAUCGCGUCAGCAGUAAUUUUUUAGUAUUGAAACCAAAGGUACAAGCAGCUCGAAUGCACGGAAUGAUGGAUAAAUUUUGGUCUAAGUAUUGUAGGAAAGACGGUUUUGCAGUAAGAUCUGUUUUUCAAGAUUGUGUGAUUGUUACAAAAAUACACAAAAUGGAAGACCAAACAGACUUCUCAAAAUUCUACACCAAAAAUCAGCCUGCGAUAGUAUCAAAUCUACAUGGUGACAAUCUUCAUCUUCGAGAUAUGUUAAAACGUAUUUACAGCAUUAUGAAAAAAGUAAUAAAAAAUGAAAAACCGGAUGAGAUUUCCAAUCAAGAAUCUGAACAUUUUGAAAAUGCUUCUAAUCAACAACUUGAACAAUCUGAAGAAGAGCAACUCGAAAAAAAGCCCUUCGAAUUUAUAAAAAAAGAUGAUGUCGAAGUAUCGGCUGAUGUGCUACCAGAUACAGAUGAAGAUGAAGACUAUACAUAACAACUUCGUUUUUUUAAUGCUUCUUAUUAAUUUCAUAAUU